AUGGCCAACUCGGACUUCUUGAACAAGGCGAUCGAGAUCGUCCAAAAAGCGAUCGACGAAGAUGUCAAGCAGAACUACCAAGAAGCGUACAAGCUCUAUCAGAACAGCUUGGACUAUUUCAUGAUGGCCAUGAAGUACGAAAAGAACGACAAGCUCAAGGACCUCAUUCGUAAAAAGUUCACAGAAUACCUCGACCGCGCUGAAAAACUCAAGGAGCACCUUGCUAAGAGCUCAGAAGACCGCGGUAGAGCUGCAGUAGGGGCGAAUGGUGCCGAAAAAGGUGUCGGUGGUAGCACAGGCGGCAAGAAGGAUGGCGACGAUGACGAUGUCGACCCAGAAACCAAGAAGCUGCGGGCGGGCUUGUCGAGCGCGGUGCUAUCAGAGACUCCCAACGUUCGAUGGGACGACGUAGCUGGUCUGCAUACAGCAAAGGAAGCGCUCAAGGAGGCCGUCAUUCUACCUAUCAAGUUCCCACAGAUGUUCACAGGCAAGAGAACGCCGUGGCGCGGCAUUCUCAUGUACGGACCUCCAGGAACCGGAAAGUCUUUCCUCGCAAAAGCCGUGGCCACCGAAGCCAAGUCAACCUUCUUCAGUGUCUCGAGUUCGGAUCUGGUCAGCAAGUGGAUGGGAGAGUCGGAACGACUGGUCAAGCAGCUCUUCCAAAUGGCGCGAGAGGCGAAACCCUCCAUCAUCUUUAUCGACGAGGUCGACUCGCUCUGUGGUACGAGAGGCGAGGGCGAGUCGGAAGCAUCGAGGCGAAUCAAAACCGAGUUCUUGGUGCAGAUGAACGGUGUAGGUAACGACGAAACCGGCGUGCUGGUGCUCGGCGCCACCAAUAUUCCAUGGGCACUCGAUCUGGCCAUCAAGCGUCGCUUCGAAAAGCGUAUCUACAUCCCACUGCCUGAUCUCGAGGCGAGGAAGCGCAUGUUCGAGCUUAACGUGGGCGAGACACCGUGCGCCCUCGAAAGCAAGGACUACCGCAAGCUCGCCUCGCUGACAGACGGCUACUCCGGAUCCGACAUCAGCGUCCUGGUCCGAGAUGCGCUCAUGCAGCCUGUACGCAAGGUUACCGGUGCCACGCACUUCAAGAAGGUCAUGGCACCCGCAAAGCUCAAGACGCAGCAGGACAAGGCAAAGAAUGGCAGCGCCGAUAAGGGAGCGCAUGGAGAUGCUGCUCAACAGGACGGUGACGAAGCGGCUGUCGAGGAAGAGGUGCAGGAGAUGAAAGAGUUCCUCACUCCCUGCUCUCCAGGCGAUGCCAACGCAAUCGAGAUGACAUGGGACGACAUUGAGGGCGAGCAGCUCUUGGAACCGAAGCUGGUAAUGAACGACUUUUUGCGGGCCAUCCAAGCGGUGCGUCCGACGGUCACAAAAGCCGACAUUGAGAAGCACAUCGAAUUCACCAACGAGGCUGGUCUCGAAUGA